GGUGGUGAUGGUAGUGGGCGCAGCCGCCUGUCUGGGUCAGUACGGGUAGUUAGGGCGUCAGGUGGUAACGCUACGCUGCACAAUCUGCACCUUUACGCGCCACUACUUCUGUAUACCAUGGUCGCCGACGAGAAGGAAGUUCAGGUCGAGUCCAAGAUGUCUCCGAAGGUGUUCACGUUGGCAGAGGUGCUGAGGCACAAGAAGGCCGACUCGUGUUGGACUGUGAUCCACGACAAGGUGUACGAUGUGACAAAGUUCCUGGACGAGCAUCCUGGUGGAGAGGAAGUUCUUCUUGAGCAGGCUGGCACUGAUGCCACGGAAGGUUUUGAGGAUGUUGGCCACUCAACUGAUGCUCGGGAAAUGAUGAAGGAAUACUAUAUUGGAGAGCUAGCAGAAGAAGACAAGAAGAACUCCAAAGACAGAGGGCCUAAAUCCUGGGCGAGUGACUCCUCCUCAAACGAUAAUAAUUGGAAAAUGUGGCUGAUACCUGUCGGGCUGGCUGUUGCUACUGCAUUUGCCUACAGAGUAUUUGCUAGGUAAACAGCAAACUAUAUAUAGUAGGAUUUCAAGAUAUGUUAGAGGAUCUAUUUUACAGCUCGUGGCGGUCAUGGUUGGUGCCUGUUGGUCUGGCUUGUGUAGCAUCAGUGAUCUACAGGAUGUACGCUCUACCACAAGCAAGCUAAUGCAGUUAGACCUUAUGAGGUUAAUUGACUUCUUGGUCACCUUUGCCAAUAAUGUUCAGUCUGUGACUAAUUCUUGUCUUCAAUUUUACCUUCCAUCUUAAAAUAUUAAAACAAAAAACUAUUUACAAAUUUGCAAAAAUAGUCCUUUUAUGGAAAAAUAGAAUGUGUUACUAUUGUAAUUCCCUCUUAUUCUGUACUAUUUGUACUUUUGUCAACUGCAUGUGUAAGUUAAUUUUCUUGUAACAUAAACCUACACAAUUUUUAUUUUUGUCAGUUAAAAUUAAUUUUAUCCCAUUUUAAUUUGAGUUGCUAUAUAGGUUAAGCAUUAUCUGUUUAGAUGGUUUCCAUAACCAGCUAAAUAAAAAUAGAAUUAAGUUUAUUGUAUCACAACUUCAAUGCAGAGCAUAUGUGUGGAGAAGUGGCAAUUCUCACAUACAGUAAUCCACUUUUUAGGGCACAAAAUAAUAAUUUAAACAAUCAUCAUAUUGUCUUCAAGAUUUAUAUUUUUUCUAAGAUUCAAUGACAAUUGAUUUAACUUUUAUCUAGGGUCAACUUGUUUUUAUUACACCUACCCUACUAGCCAUUUUAUAUACCUGGUAUGCGUGUUAUUUAAUGUAUAUAAAAAACAAAACUGACAUUAAAAACUUUUCUUUAUAAAUAUUUGUUAAGGGUAAAUUAAAAAUAUUGAUACUAAAUAAAAUUCACAUGGUAUUUGCCCUGGUUUUUUUAGUAGUACAGUAACCUAAAGUACUGUAUUUGUAUUCAUUCAAGCUUGUGUUGAGCCCUCAUUUCCUUCCAUCUUUGCUGUUAUCAAACGGUCCAGAAGGAUUUAUUACAUUCCAGUGAAGAUGGGAAAAACAACUGUAUUCUUGUAGGAAAUUUUAGAACAGAGAUGUGCAAAGAUAUUUAACUUGGAAUGAUACUCUUGUUUGCAGUAAGAAGUUUGUGCAUGUUAAAUGUAGGGAAGUCAUGGCAGUCUAUAAUUCAAGACGUUUGCUUAUAUCAUUAUUUUUGGGAGAAAAGUUGUUCCAACUGAGAACCAGUAAAUGAAAUGGGUUGUGUAGUAUCGGGUAUUGUAUUUAAAGUGGGUGAUGUCAUUUUAAGACUUGCAAAGUCUUAAGAGUAGAAGUAGAGAAUAUUGGUGCUUUUAAAUUUCAACAAAUCUAAUUCUGGGUUUUCAGGUAUUAUACUGGUCUAACAUUUUUUUUUUUUUUUUUUUUACUCAAAAUUUUAUUAACAUUAUUGAUACAUAGAAAGCUAGAAAUUUAAUAGUAUUUCAGUACUAUUUUGUUUGAUACUGAAUGGUGGCAGUUAACAGGAAACAUUAAUUUAGGCUUAAAUUUAAAGCAAAGGCAUAUUUAAAAUUAGAAAGAACCAAAGAAUAUGCAUUUUUCCCUACUUGUAAUUCUUUAGUUCUUUCAUAGUUUUUGUAAUGCCACGAGUUUUGGAUGCAAAUAAAUGUUUAGUGAGGCUUGAUGUGCACAAUGAGCAUCAACAUAAUACAGAAUACUGUAAUACCUUAUGCCAAUAUUGUAAUUGUAACUUGGGUUACAAUUGUGGACAUACUUAUUGCUGCUUUUGUAAUUGCUGUGAUGGAAAGAUUUAUGUAGGCAUCAGAGCAUUUUCAUGAGUGGUUUAAUAUUGUAUAUUAAUGUGUCAACAUGGAAUGUGACUGUCAUUGCGAUAAGACAUUUAGAAGAGUUUACUGAUAAAUUUAUAGCCAGGAUUUGCAACCAAAUGGUAAAUAAAAAUAUAAGGAGUUA